AUGAAAUCAUCGACGGAGAAAUCUGGAAAAAAAACGGAUCGUAGUGGUGACGAGAAAGAUCGCGAGGAGAAGUGGAGGUGGUACGACCGCGGAGCGAAGAUCCACCACGCAAAAAAGUUUAGAAACGGAGCUUGUGCAAACUGUGGUGCAAUGACACACGACGCUAAAUCUUGCUUUGAAAGAGCACGGAAAGUUGGAGCUAAAUUCACAGGGAAACACAUCGCUGCUGAUGAGAAGAUCGAGAGUAUUGAGCUUGAUUAUGCUGGCAAAAGGGACCGCUGGAAUGGUUAUGACACAUCACAGUACUGCCAAGUCCAAGAGAAGAGGUUUCAAGAUAGAAAAAUGGCGAGGGUGGACUAA